AUGGCAGCACGAGGCAAAUACAACGUCGGCAUUCUCGGAUAUGGCUUGAGUGCUAAGAUCUUUCAUAUCCCUUUCGUGAAUGCGGUUCCGGAUUUCAAUCUCUAUGCAAUCGUACAAAGAAGCCCGAAGCCAGACAAUGAUGCAAGCAAGGACUGGCCCAAUAUCAAGGCAUAUCGAUCCACAGAGGAGAUGGUGGAGGACGACCAGGUCCACGUUAUUGUCGUCACGACUGCGCCGGAGUCACAUCUUCACCUAGCGAAGGCGGCUCUGUUGGCGAACAAGCAUGUUGUUGUUGAAAAGCCGUUUACGCCCACAUCAGCUGAAGCACAGGAACUCGUCGAUCUGGCCAAAGUUCAAAACAAAAUCCUUACCGUCUACCAAAACCGACGGUGGGACUCGGACUUCUUGACAUUGAAGAAGUACAUUGAAGACGGCACAUUGGGCCGCAUAGUCGAGUUCGAAACUCACUUUGAUCGGCAUCGACCGGAGCCGCCACCGGAUAACUGGAAGGCAUACCAUGCACCUGGCACUGGUGCAGUGUAUGACCUAGGGACUCACCUGAUGGAUCAAGUCGUCUGUUUGUUCGGCAUGCCGAAGAGGGUUACUGGGUUCGUCGGGUCACAGCGAGAAGUGAAUACCACAGGGUUGGAGGACUCUUGUACGGUGCUGCUACAUUAUGACAGCCCCAAGAUGUUGGUCACGGUCAAAGCUGGCGUCGUCAGCCCGGAGGUGAACCAACUGAGAUACUGGGUUCGCGGCGACAAGGGAUCAUUCAAGAAGUUUCACCUCGAUCCACAGGAGGAUCAGCUGCGGAAGGAAGGCCUGAGACCCGGCGAUAAAGGCUAUGGGAUUGAGAGCGAGGACAAGUAUGGGACAUUGAAUGUUUGCAAAGAUGGUAAGAUUGUCAGUCAGGUUGCUCCAACCGUCGAGCCCGCGACAUACACAGAGUACUACCGGCGUCUUGCUGCUGCGCUGAGUGGAGAUGUUUCUCAGGUUCCCGUUGCUCCUCAGCAGGCAGUGGGUGUCAUAAGGCUGGUUGAACUCGCUCGUGAAAGCUCGCAGUUGGGACGGACUUUGUCUGUGUGA